UUUUUCUAUGAAUGGGAACCAUUGAGAAUGUGUGUUGCUCCUCUUACAUGGAUAUAGAUUUUUUUCUUCAAUGUUUUGCAGAGAUAAUAACAUAGGAGUAGUCAUACUGAAAGGCAUCCUAUUAUUUCCGCAUUUAGAGCUUUAGUUCUUGGUGUAGGUGGAAUAUUAUUCUGGUCCCUAUCAUAUAAAUUUACACACACGUUCUAUCUCCACUUCCCUGCCUCUUUUGUGAUUUGAAUUUGAAAUUCUCAAGUUGGGGAUUUAACCUUCCCAUGAUAUCCUCAGGGAGAGGGACCUUAUCAGUUUCGUAGGAUCUCAAACUAAAACCAAACCCGAUUGAAAUUUGAAGCUACUGACAUUGGAAUUGAUUCAAAAUGGGUGGAAGUGGCAGUGUUUGAAUUGGGAUAACUGUCAGAAUCUAAUGAGGUUGAAUAUAUGGAUUACUGGCUUACAAAUUGGGAAUUCUUAUCAUGGGCUGUCAAACAAGGAAUCAACCUUUUGCUUCUUGUAAGCUCAAGAAAUUGUCCUGCACGUUGUCAGAAUGCUUUUUUUUUUUUUUGGAUUCCCACCUUCUUGUCCUUGUUUCAACUUCUAAUAAAGGUCAUGGUGACUGUAAUUACCAUAACCAGUUAUGUAAUUGCAGGUAAAGUAUAUUUCAAUUAGAGGUUGCAGCAGCAUGUAUGAACAAGGGCAUGUCAUGUGAAAGCAGAUUGCUUCAUAACAGACUUGUGGGGAUAGGGUUUGAAAUAUUUUUGCUUGAUAUUUUAGAGUUAAAGGCCUUGAUAUAGAAAUGGGAUAUAUGGAGAUCGAGGGAGAUGGAUAUUUGCAGAUUGAUUGAUAAUAUCUUCCAGGAUGAAGUUUAAGGCAAUUGCUCCUUUAUCCACUCUUCUAGCCUGAUAGUAACAAGGUUCGGAGAUUCUGUCACCUUCAAUUCUAUCAUAAGUUUCCAAUGCCUAUCGGUUCUUCCUUUCUUUUUUAUUGGUUACUUGACUUCAUUUUUCCAUCUCAUGAAAAUGAUCGAGCUACUUCAUGAAUAUCAGUAUAUUUUUAUAUUAAAUUUAGAAUUUUAAGUUAAAAAAUCACUUAAAUUAGACUCCUAUCAACUUGAUUACAUCCCUAACCAGUAACCACGAUAGGGCAAUCUGCUAAAAAAAAAAAUCUUAUCCUAGCAGUAGCACAGUGACUUUCCAUGACUGUCUCAUCCAAGCCCACAAGCACAAAAAUGAAAAUUGACCAUUUCUGUCAAUUAGCUCCAACUCUUCUUCUUCAUCACCAUCAUCAGUUACUUGAUCCUUAUCAGUCUCUGUUUUGACACUGGUACGUGUCUAAACUGGUUUGGCCUUGGUGGGAGCAAGCUAAGAUCACAAUGAGGCUGCUCCGUCCCCACCACAAAGAGCUUUUAUGAGCCCGUCCCUCCAGAAAGUCACACACCCAUACUCCAUUGUCUAUUUCUUUAUUGUUCUUACUGUUAUUAUCAUUCAUUAGUGUAAAAUUAUUUUUGGGUGGUUCAUUUUCGAGUUUCUUCAGUCUUCUAUAUAACACAGAUGCCCCCAGCGUAGAGGCAGCCUUUCUUCUUGACUUGUCUGUUUCUAAAUAAAUCCUUCUGAAAAGCUUUUCUCUCUACUUUCAAAAUCACUUCUUGCCAUUCUAAAAGCAUUACUUCGUCCAUAAACAUGCUCUUAAGGAGCUCUUCAACACCAAUCUUAAACUCAUGGCUUCACCAUUUCAAAUACUACUCCUCACCAGAAGGUGAGUUUCAGAUCCUCCAAAGAACCAAAUCAAUCUCCUUUCACUCUAAACCUUCCAUUGAUGACCCAACAAAGAAAGUUUCAACCCAUUCCCAAUUCUUGCAACAAGAAGCCAAUCUCCCAAAACCCAAGAAGGGAUCACCUAUAAGACAUCCUCACAGCAGCAGAAAACAGUGUAAGAAAGAGAGUAAUGAGGAAGAAAAAGAAGCAGAACCCAGUUCAAGAAUCCAAACACUCUUUUCUAGUUCUGGGUUGGGAGAGAAAGUGGUGAAUGCUAAUGGUGAUGAUGGGUUGCAGACACUAGUAGUGGAUGGUGGUGGUGGUAGCGGUGGGAGAACAUCAGGUGGUGGAGAUGGUAAUGAUGGUUCAGGGAUGUAUGGGAAUGAUGACAAUACUGAUGCUUAUUAUCAGAAGAUGAUUUCAGCUGAUCCUGGAAAUGCACUUUUACUUGUAAACUAUGCUAAGUUCUUGAAAGAGGUUCGAAGAGAUAUGGAUAGAGCAGAGGAGUUGUGUGGGAGAGCAAUAUUGGCAAAUCCAAAUGAUGGAAAUGUAUUGUCAAUGUAUGGUGAUCUAGUAUGGCAAAAAGAGAGAGAUGCUCAGAGAGCUGAGAGUUACUAUGAUCAAGCUGUUAAAACUUCUCCAGAGAACUGCUACAUCUUAGCUUCAUAUGCUAGAUUUCUUUGGGAUGCUGAAGAAGAUGAUGAAGAUGAAGAUGGGCAACAAGAAACUAGAUCUUCACACGGUUGCUUUGAUGACUCUGCCCACCAUCCCCCAUUGGCUGCAGCUUCCUAAUCUCUUCUCUAUAUGGAGAUUUCUAAGAUAUAACCUUUUUUCUUUUUCCUGAAUAAGAUAAGUUAACAUUAAAUA